CUCUAUUUAACCAAAGGAAGUGACAGAAUAAGCAGCAGAGACACUGUAUAUGAGGCUGUCUCCCAGUGAACACUGGCCCUGUUGCACUUAUCUGAUGCUGCAUUGUGAAACCAUCAUAUUCAGUGCACCUUACAAAAGAAGGACAUCAUGGCUGCCAGGGUCACUCUCUUUGUCUUCUGUUAUUUUCUCUUCCAAAUAAAUGUGUCAGCUGCUUCCGAAGGAUCAACUUCUUCCCCCAAUUCCAAUUUACCACAAAAUUUCACACAAGCUGUAAAUGCUACAGAAGAACCACAGACUUCAUCAGCACCCUCAACAUCAUCAGCUGUAAACGCUACAGAAGGACCACAGACUUCAUCAGCACCCUCAACAUCAUCAGCUGUAAACGCUACAGAAGAACCACAGGCUUCAUCAGCACCCUCAACAUCAUCAGCUGUAAAUGCUACAGAAGAACCACAGACUUCAUCAGCACCCUCAACAUCAUCAGCUGGAACAACAUCUGCCAUCAGUAAUACCUCAGCACUGUCUGGCGACAGCGCUACUACCACCAGUAAAACAACGCAAUCUGUCCAAACUACAGGAUCACCAGAUGCUAGGAAUAGAAGUGCUGCACCUACUGAAAAUAAUGUCAACAAAUCAGCAAAAGGAGGAAACUCCGUUCCUCAGUCUGAAGGACCGACUGUACCUAAAAAACCUGAUUUGAGAUAUCUCUGGUUCUUGGUUUUGGGGGUUGCAGUCUUGGCUUUGGGAAUAUACUUGAAGUUCAGGUGUUUUAAAGUCCAGCAGCAUCCAGUUCAGACCAUGGACCAUGGAACAGAGAAUGCUUCGUUCCAAAGGACGGAAAGUAACAAAGAUGGGGUCAUGCUUUUGGGAGUCAAAUCAGGAGGGGAGGAGAAUGCUGCAGCAAAAUAAGCAGGCAAGCAAAGUGACCCAAGCCAAAAAUACCAGAAGAUUGAAAAGAUGAAGACUUCAGUGAUCAUCUUUUGGAAUGAAAUGAAGUGAUAUAUUUUACAAUUAAUGUAUAUGUAUAGAGUGUAUUGGCAAACUUAAUUAAUAUGAACAAUGACUACUGCGCAAAAACUGUAUAUGGGAUAUAUAUAUAUAUAUAUAUAUAUAUAUAUAUAUAUAUAUAUAUAUAUAUAUAUAUAUAUAUAUAUAUUUCAAAUGGGUAAAUAAUACAAUUUUAUUGUGAUACCUUUGCUGGAAAUAUGCUUCUGUUAUUUUCUGUACAUAAAAAAUUCUAGAGGUGCCAAUAUUUGUAAUACAUACACUUUUAAAAACAUAAUCAUUUGAUAUAAUUUUGUUAAACAGUUUUAACUUGCAUAAUGAUAGAUGUUCCUCAAAUGGUAAGGAAGAACACUUGAAAGCUGAAGAAAUUUUAAAAUAUGACAUAUGUUAUUGUAAUAUUAUUGAAGCAAUUCAGUAAAAUGUCCAUAGAAAAACAAUUUCUUUUACAUUAAAGAAAUGUAUUACUCCAUUUUUCUCCCCACAUUGUGGUGAAUAGCAAAUGGAUUCUCCUUUUAUCACCUUUUUCCAGUUUUAUCAUAACAUUUAUUCACUGGAUUCCCAACUAAUAGAGCCUACAGUGUGUAAGACAUUUACAUUAUUUCAUUGUAACUUGUUUUUACUCUUACAAACCCUUUUUCAAAUAUUGACUUGAGCAUGAACAUUGAGCAUGAAUAUUGACUUGAGCAUUGAACACUUAAGCUACAUUAAGUUUUACACAAAAACAUUUUCUCAUUCUUCUGGUUUUAUAAUGAAAUUCUGUUCUUAAGCUUUGUGCAGUGUGUUUUUCAUGUACUCUUAUCUCACUGUAGUUUAAUAAAAGAAUUUGUGCCCAGUCUGCCACAUCAUAAUCACAAA